AUGAGGGCUUGGCUUGCGGCCAAGACGGAGGAGGACAAGAGGAGGCAGGAAGAGGAGAAGACACGACAGGAGGGCUACCGCCUCGAGCAGCGGAGGAUCGAGCACGAGAUGCUGAGGACCUCUCUGCAAGGAGGGAUACCGCCACCCCUGGUGCCGGUAGUCUUCGCAGGCAUGGGCGGCGGAGCUCUUUCGCCUGCGGCCCUGGACUGGGCGCAGCAGUUUAUGGCCUCGCAUGCUCCACUGCAACACCCGCCUGCACUGAUGCCGCCUGGGGCCAUGUCCUCGGAGCAUCCGAGACGAGACUCGCAGACUCACCCGUACGGACAGUACCCGGCGCCUGGCGGUGGUGGCGUUCCAUCCACUCCGGGUUCGGCGCAAGGAGUCCCGGGCGGAUACACGUCGGGGUAUCCUGGUUCCCCGACGAGGCCGAGAGGGCUGAGCAUGCCUGGAGCAAUGGCGGGACGUCCGCUUGCCGGCGCCAGUGCGAACCUGUCGAACUUGAACACCAACAUUCCCAGCGUAUCGGGCCACCAGCCAGGGCUCACGCAGUCUCAGCCGCAACCGCAACCGCAGCAGCAGCAGCAGCAGCAGGAAGCACAACGGUCACCGUCCAUCUACUUCCACCACUGGCAGCCUCCGACAACGCAGGCGGGGGGAGGACGGGGCGGGGCGGAACAGCCCGCCACGCCCUCAGGGGAAUCUCCACGGAAACGAAAAGCACCAGGGCCCCAGCAGCCAGCGCCACCGCCAUCGACGACGACGCAUCGGCAUCGAUCGCCACCCUUCUUGCAAGCCACGAGGCUCUCCAACCCACCGCCCGGGCGGAGGCGAGGACAUUCGCGGCAGCGAAGCGAUUUGGGGUUGUACCGGUCCGGUGCUGGCAGGGGGCGUGGAGAGAUGUCUGACCCCGGGCGAGAAUCGUCGCCGAUGCACACGUCAGGGACGGACUCUGCGCGGGACGGCGGCAACCCGCCAUCGUCGGCGCCGCAGCAAACCCAGGUGCUACAGCCUGCGUCCGCGCCAGCGCAGGCGCCGUCUGGGCCGCGGACUGGGGCACACUCGGUCUCAUCCCUCCUGUCGGAGGACCCGCAGUCUCCCCGGGCGACGGCGCGCAACUUUGCAUCAGGGACACAUUGGGAAGCACGGCAGCAGCAGCAGCAGCAGCAGCAGCAGCAGCAGCAGCAGCAACAAUAG